GGAAACCAUAACAACAACAAUGCCACGGAAAAAUCUGAGGAUAAGGAGAAGGCCCAGGUGGAGCGGUCCAACUGGGGAAAUGGCUUGGAAUUUUUAAUGUCCUGUAUUUCCGUGUCAGUGGGCUUGGGAAAUGUCUGGCGGUUUCCCUUCACAGCCUACGAGAACGGUGGCGGUGCCUUUCUGAUACCCUACAUCAUAGUGUUGUUUUUAAUAGGCAAACCAAUGUACUAUCUGGAAAUGAUUAUGGGACAGUUCACCAGCCAGGGAACUGUUAAAAUCUGGUCCGUUUGUCCGGGCUUUGUGGGUGUAGGCUAUGGCCAGGCCUUUGGAACGAUUUGCAUCAUCUCGUACUACUCCUCGCUUCUGGCCCUGACCCUGUACUACCUCUUUGUGUCCUUCCAAUCGGAGCUGCCGUGGUCCUAUUGCCGGGAAGAUUGGCUGAACUGUGUGGACUCACGGCCGGCGGAGUAUACGGAAAACCUGCUAACCGGACUCGCCAGCAACGUCUCCACAUUGGCCAGUAACCUCACCAGCUCCGCCAGCGGCACGGGUGUCAGCUUGUUGGCCGACAACCAGACGGACAAGUUGCAAAGCAGCUCCGAAAUCUACUUCCUAGACGUAGUCAUCAAGGAGAAGCUGGACAUCUCGGACGGAAUCGGUAACCCCGACUGGAAACUGACCCUGGCCCUGCUCACCUCCUGGGUGGUCAUCUUCCUGGUGAUCAUGCGCGGAGUGAAGAGCUCCGGCAAGGCCGCCUACUUCCUGGCCCUGUUCCCCUACGUGGUCCUGAUCGUCCUGCUCAUCCGGGCCGUGACCCUGGAGGGGGCCCGGGAGGGAAUCAUCUUCUUCCUGGAGCCGCAGUGGGGCGAGCUUCUGAAUCCGACGGUGUGGAAAAAUGCGGUGGUGCAGUGCUUCUUCUCGCUGGCUGUGGGAUCCGGUCCGAUCAUCAUGUUUGCCUCGUACAACCGUUUCGAUCACGGCAUCUACAGGGACGCCAUGAUAGUGACCACGCUGGACACUCUGACGAGUCUCCUUGGGGGCAUAACGAUAUUUGCGAUUCUUGGAAAUCUCGCCCACAACCUGAACAUCGAGAACAUCCGUGAUGUGGUGCGCAGCGGCACGGGAUUGGCCUUCAUCUCGUAUCCGGAUGCCAUAUCCAAGUUCCAGGCAGUUCCCCAACUCUUCUCCGUUCUGUUCUUCUUCAUGCUCUUUGUCCUGGGAAUCGGAUCGAUUGUGGCCCUCCAGAGCACCAUUGUCACCAUCAUCUGUGAUCAGUUCAAAGGCCUGAGGUACUGGAAGGUGGCUCUGGGCACAUCCAUAUGUGGUUUCCUCAUGGGACUCGUCUAUGUCACGCCGGGUGGCCAAUGGAUCCUGACCCUUGUGGACUUUUAUGGCGGCACUUAUGUGGUGUUCAUCUUGGCCAUUUUCGAAUUGGCUGGCAUAGUUUGGAUCUAUGGCUUACAAAACUUCUGCGAUGAUAUCGAGUUCAUGUGCAAUCGCCGGGUUUCACUGUACUGGCGCAUGUGCUGGUCCUUCUUCACUCCCGUGAUGAUGAUCGUUAUCUUUAUUUACUCCAUGGUCACCAUAGAGCCCAUUCAGUACAGUGAACUCUACUUCCCCGAAGCGGGUAAUGGUAAGUAAUGUA